CCGCCUAUUAUCUAUCCUCUACCUACGAUCUACAAAAUGACUGAUCAAUUCGCAUUCUCAUACCCCUCCCCACUUAAAGGCUAUGAGAACCUUGAGCCACUUUCUGAGGAGAGAAACGAUGAUGGCAAGUCUCUCAAGAACCCUCAGCAUGGGGUAUUGAGUAAGGCGUAUGAGGAGUUUCCUGAUCCUCUAGCGAAAGAUCGACGGGGAGGGUUUGAUAUUCAUAUCUACCACUAUCAGAAUAACCCCGACCAAGCCACCUACGCAAAGGCACUUUGGGAAAGAAUCAGACGUGAAUUCCCCGAACUCCGCAUUUACAGAUUCUUCGAUGGGCCAGUAGGCCCUCACCCCGUCGCCAUGUUCGAAGUCAACCUAUUCACCCCGACUCAAUUUGGUGCUUUCGUUCCAUGGCUGGUUAUCAAUCGGGGACCGCUGAGUGCCUUGAUUCACCCCAACACGGUUGAGUCUGAGGAAGAGCGAAAUCAUACACAGCGGGCUGCAUGGUUAGGGGAUAGGAUUCCGUUGGAUUUGCGGAUAUUUAAGCUGAUGAAGGAGGAGGAGAAGAGCAAGGAAGAGGAGGCAGAGCGUGCUCAGCAGGGAAGAUUGUAAUCGGUUAAUUUGAGUAUGCGGAUUGCUAGGUAGAAACAAAUGAUGGAAUCAAAUGGGUGUAGUAGAGUAGGUAUGAUUGAAAUGAAAUGCCAUGAUUUAUUUUAUGCUGUUGCUUGUACUACGUACCUAGUCAUGCGUGUUUUCUUGUCAUCUGAGGGUAUUCUUGAUUCACCAACAUCAC